CGUGCAGAAAACAGCAAUACCCACCGCCACCUGACGGAAUUUGUUGGCCUAGAUGUGGAAAUGCGUAUAAAUGAACACUAUUAUGAGGUACUUGACACGGCUGAGGAGCUAUUUUGUUACAUGUUUGCACAACUUGCCAAACAUACAGGAGAGCUUGAGGCGAUUUGCCGUCAGUACCCUUUUGAGCCAUUGCUGUGGCAAUUGACACCGGAGAAAAUCAAAGAGUUGGGCGUUGGCGUCAUUGAAGACUCUGUUGAGCCGACCGAUAUUUACAAGGCUCGUGUACGCAACAUGGGAACUCGUAUGUUACGCAUCCACUACCCGCACUGCAUCGCACUCCUGAACACCGUUCUGGAGGAGAAGUUGUCUUUGACCGAUGACAUUAACACCACCAAUGAGAAAUUGCUCGGUAAGUUGGUGAAGGAGCGCUACGGCGUGGACUUCUUCAUCUCCGAUCUAUUCCCAACGGCUGCACGACCAUUCUACACGAUGCCGUUUCCAGACGAUGAGCGUUUCACGAACUCGUACGACAUGUUUAUCCGCGGUGAGGAAAUAUCGAGUGGGGCGCAGCGUAUUCACGAUUCAUCACUUUUGCUGAAGCGCGCGCAGUCACUCGGUGUUGAUCUCUCGCCCAUUAAAGACUACGUGGACUCAUUUCGUCUCGGUGCAUGGCCCCACGGCGGAUUUGGCGUUGGCCUCGAGCGUGUGGUUAUGUUAUAUCUUGGUCUCAGCAAUGUGCGCCUCGUCUCGCUGUUCCCGCGUGAUCCGCAGCGCGUGACGCCGUGA